UCCAUCCACCACAAACAGACACCGAAAAGUAGGUCAUCCUCCCCCAACUUUUCUUCCAAAUGACCUCGUUUUUUAUAAAAUUUAAGCAUAUUCUCGUUGGAGCCGGCGAGGAAGUUUCCUCCCAUUCUCUCGAGCAAUUUCUUCUACCUUUCAAAGCUGACCUUUACUUGAUGGAUUCAAACUUCAAAUUCUGGGAUCAUCCCAGGUUCAUAUACCUUAUAUAUACAACUGACCCUCCCUGGGUUCUUCAAUCCAUUCCGGCAAAUCAUACAAUACCCUUCUCGUCUUCUAACAACAUAACAAUUCCACCCCUAUAGAGGGACCCGACAAUUUUAACUCAAACGUCGCUUUGAAGAGUUUCUGUAGCGAUGGUUACCGACCAACUUUAUUGCAUGAUUCAAUUAGACGAAAAAACAUCUCAGAAUGAUGUUACCUCCAGUUCCAACCCCUUAUUUGGCAUGUUAGACCAUUUUCUUCUAGGUACAGUUUUAGUUUUUAACGAAAUACUGAGAUUUUUUCCCAAAUUUUGGCUUUUCCUUCUGUCCCAACUUAAUUCAAAGGUUAGAAUAGAGAAACGGGUCUCAGAUUCUGUGGGGAACCAGCGAGAGAGUUUGAUUCAUGGAAGCAGAGAGGAUGGGGCUCUUGGGAGGGACGAAGUGAAAAUGGUGAUGGGAAAUUUGGGGCUUUUUUGCAGCUCAGAAAGUGAGGAACUUGAGGAAAAAUAUAGUUUCGGUGAAGUUUCUGAGGUGUUUGAAGAGGAGCCAAGCCUGGAGGAGCUGAAGCAAGCUUUUGAUGUGUUUGAUGAGAACAGAGAUGGCUUUAUUGAUGAAACGGAGCUGCAGAGAGUUCUGCGUGUUCUGGGUAUCAACGGAGCAGCAGCAGAACGAGAGAACUGCCAAAAAAUGAUCCAGAACUUCGAUGAGAAUGGAGAUGGAAGAAUAGAUUUUAAGGAAUUUGUAAAGAUCAUGGAGAACAGCUUCUGCUGAUUUCUUCCUCUUUAGUCUAAACAUUUGUUAAAAAUCAGUCAUUCAUAUUGUUUGAUCAAGCAACCAAUUUCUAUC